AUGAACACAAUAUUGUUAUUUUUAAUCUCGGCGCUGUUCGUUGUGGAAGUUAUCGAUGCUCUGGGGACUCAAGUGGCCACUUACGACACCAAAAAGAUGCUGGAACUGAUCGAAAAUCUGAAUGGGACCGUUUCCGAGCAGCUCUCCCUGGCUGCCAUAACUUGGGGCAAGUUGAAAGCUGAUUUUCCGAAUGAUGUGUCCAAAAUGGAUGAUCUGGAUGGGGCGGUGGUGCGGGUUUUGUGUCGUCCGGAGAGGAAUAUCACUCUACGCCAGCAGUUGCAAGGAUAUCUUAUACGCGAAAACAUCCGUGAGCAUCUCGAGGUCCUGAAUACAACUGAGAUUUUCCAACAAGCUCUGGAGGCGGAGGACCAUGAGGUGGGAAAAUGGCAACUGGCCAUCGGCAGACAUUCCCAGCGACUUCAUUAUCUUUUUAAGCCGGAGAAACUAAAACAAAUUAUGGAGAAAGUCAUCCGUAAACUAUAUAAGCUGGAAAAUGCAGGUCAACUGGCUUCGUUUUGCUAUCAGCUCUAUAUAGCCGGUAAUCGGGACUCCUACAAUUGUAUGGUCCAAACAGAGUUAAUGAUCUAUAAUCGUUAUAAAAUUUUUGGAAAAACCAGCCCGGACUUCAGCAGGUAUAUGGCCAAGCUCUGGCAGAGUCUUCAAAUGGAGGAGUUCUAUGUAGGACUCGAUUCACCCACAAAACAAGGACUUCUAGAGGCCAUCAUCGAUUUGUUAGGAUAUCUUUAAAA